AUGAGGGAAGUGUUCGUCAAUGCAGAGCUUUGCAAUAUGAGCAUGCUCGUGUCGGUCCCAGAGGGCACAGAGACGUUCGAGGUCUACGGAACCCCGGGCGUGGACAUCUACAUCUGCCCCGGCACGGAGAAGCGUUGCCGGGAGCGUGCGGACACCAGGCGCUGGCAGUUCAACAAGGGCCUGGAGAUCAUUGUGGUCAUGAACUCUCCCAGCAACGACCUCAACGACAGCCACUUCCAGAUCUCCUACCACUCCAGCCACGAGUCCGGGGCCCUGGCCCACGCCGUGCUCUACCUCACCUGUGUGGACAUCGCUCUGGACUGUGACCUGAACUGUGAGGACAGGAAGGACAGCAGGUUUGUGGACAAGAGGAAGUGGGUCUGGGGGCCCAGUGGCCACGGUGCCAUCCUGCUGGUGAACUGUGACCGGGACGACGUGAGCUGCGGGACCCGGGACAACUGUGACAAGCAUGUGCGGUGCCUGCAGGACCUGGAGGACAUGUCCACCAUGGUCCUGCGCACCCACGGCCCCGCUGCCCUCUUCGAGGACCACAAGCUCAUCCUCCACACGUCCAGCUACGACGCCCAGCGGGCCCGCGUUUUCCACCUCUGUGGCCCCGAGGAUUCAUGUGACGCCUACAAGUGCGUGCUGGGCCAGGACAAGGUGUCCUAUGAGGUGCCUCGGCUCAACGGUGACGAGGAGCACUUCUUCGUGGAGGGCCUGGCCUUCCCUGACGCCGGCUUCCCAGGGCUGCUCUCCUUCCACGUCACCCUGCUGGAUGAUUCCAACGAGGAUUUCUCCCAGACCCCGAUCUUCACGGACACUGUGGUGUUCCGCGUGGCGCCCUGGAUCAUGACGCCCAGCACGCAGCCGCCCCUGGAGGUGUACGUGUGCCGGGUAAGGAACAACACAUCUUUUGUGGAUGCCGUGGGGGAGCUGGCCAGGAGGGCCGGCUGCAAGCUGACCAUCUGCCCGCAGGCGGAGAACCGCAAUGACCGCUGGAUCCAGGACGAGAUGGAGCUGGGCUACGUGCAGGCGCCGCACAAGACCUUCCCGGUGGUCUUUGACUCCCCCCGGAACGGAGAGCUGCACAAUUUCCCCUACAAGAGGAUUCUGGGGCCAGACUUCGGCUACGUGACCCGGGAACCACAAGACAGAUCCGUGAGCGGCCUGGACUCCUUCGGGAACCUGGAGGUCAGCCCCCCCGUGGUGGCCAACGGGAAGGAGUACCCCUUGGGGAGGAUCCUCAUCGGAGGCAACCUGCCGGGGUCGGCUGGCCGCAGGGUCACGCAGGUGGUACGGAACUUCCUCCACGCACAGGGGGUGCAGCCGCCCGUGGAACUCUUCGUGGACUGGCUCUCUGUGGGCCACGUGGACGAGUUCCUGAGCUUUGUCCCUGCCCCCGACAGGCAGGGUUUCCGGAUGCUCCUGGCCAGCCCCAGCUCCUGCUUCAAGCUCUUCCAGGAGAAGCAGAAAUGGGGCCACGGCAGGGCCCUCCUGUUCCAAGGCGUUGUUGGCAGUGCUCGGGUUAACACCGUCUCCAUCAACCAGAUCCUCGCCAACAAAAACCUCAUCAGCUACAAUAAGUUUGUUCAGAGCUGCAUCGACUGGAACCGGGAGGUGCUGAAGCGGGAGCUGGGCCUGACGGAGAGGGACAUCAUCGACAUCCCCCAGCUCUUCAAGACCGAGAGGAGAAAGGCCAUGGCCUUCUUCCCUGACCUGGUGAACAUGCUGGUGCUGGGCCAGCACCUGGGCAUCCCCAAGCCCUUCGGACCCGUCAUCAACGGCCGCUGCUGCCUGGAGGAGAAGGUGCGGGCCCUGCUGGAGCCGCUGGGCCUGCACUGCACCUUCAUCGACGACUUCACCCCGUACCACAUGCUGCACGGGGAGGUGCACUGCGGCACCAACGUGCGCCGGCAGCCCCUCCCCUUCAAGUGGUGGCACAUGGAGCCCUGAGCCCUCCCUCCCUCCCUCCUUCCCUCCCUCCCUCCCUCCUCGGCCCUGCGGAGGAACAUCCGUCCCGGUGAUGGACUCAGAGAUGGGCCCCGCAAUGAGUUUUGAGAGAGCCCCAGUCGCCGACGGAAUCCUGAAGCCUUUCCCCUGUGGACGUCCACACCACUCCCCUGCCCCUCUCGGUUCUCAGACUGGACUCCACUUGGCCUCCCAGAGAGGACCUGACCACUGGGGGCCUUUCACGUGGCUCAACAUCACCCACGGAGAUGCCCCGCCCAAACAGCCCCUCUUCACCCCGCUCACUUGAGUUGGAGUCACACUGGGACCUAGAAGCUUCUGAGCAGCUCAUCUGACACCUCUGCCUAUGUGCCCUGGUGACGGAAGGAGCCACCAUUAAGCUUUGGCUUCAUGGUCUCUUGCUCCGAGGGAGACAGCCCUAAAG